GGAAAACCAAGUCGCGAUGAGCAGGAGAAGCGGAAACCAGGACAUCAGUUCCAAGUCGGAGAAGAUGCAGCGCUACUACGCGGAGCGCGAGACCACAGGACCCGAGUUCGACGAUCGCCUGAUAAAGCUGGUGCGCGCCAAUCCGGCCAUCUACGAUGUCAGCCAUCCGCAUUAUCGCCGCAAUCCGGUGCGAGUGGACAUAUGGGAUCGCAUCGCCAACGAACUGGGCGCCUCCUCUCGAUUCCUGCAGACCAAAUGGAAGAACAUACGCUACAACUAUCUGCAGGAGGUGAAGGCCAUUGAGACGGGACAGGCGAAUCCGAAUGUGCGCAAGCGGCGCUUCACCGAGGAUCUCUCCUUCCUGCAGAACACGGCCCAAACGUAUAAUGUCAAGAAAUCCCAGAGCUAUGUGGCGCCCCAAAACGGGGCGGGUAGUGACAACGACAGCAAUAGCUUCCUCUAUCCCGAUCCGGAGCACCUGAAGAUCGACGCCUCCGAGGGCUACGACAUCAUCGAGCUGGACAACAGCGAGGAUGGCUCGAAUAGCGACGACAACGAGAUUGUGCCCGAGCUGCAGCUGGUCAUGGAGGAGCCCAAGACGGAACUAUCCCUGCAGACGACCCUCAACGGCACCAGUAGCAGCAAUCACAGCCACGAGCACGACCAUGUCAGCUCGCCGGCCUCCUCGCCCCUGCUCACGCCCAUGGUGGUCAUGGGCAAUGGCUACGACCAGCAGGAGGUGCACCAGGCGCACCAGCAGCCGCCAUCCCAGCAGGAGCAGAAGCAGAUCAAGAACAGCUCGCUGUCGAAUGGAGAGGUGACCAUCGAACCCAUUUACAAGCCGGCGGCCACCAGACGCACGUUACCCAGCGACUUCCUGACCAAUCCCUUCAAGCGCAAGGCCACCGAAACGCCGCUGCAGACCCAAGUGACGACGCCCUACAGCGAUCCCAUCGAGCUCUACUGCCUCUCGCUGGUGGACACACUGCGCAGCAUGCCCCGGUCGGAGCGGGAACGGGUCAAGUUCGAGUUCGCCAGCAUUCUGAAGGACGCAAAGUACAAGGACGAGUGCUAGGGCGUCGCUAUUCUAUACGUACAACUCUCGAUUAGUCACCUUAGUGGUAAACAACGCACUUACAACACACUCAUUUAUGUAUUAUUAAACUUACAAUUAUUUUGUAUCUCUGCGUUCCCGUCUUAGGCUAAGGGUAUAAGUUAAUUUGUAUUAAGAUGAGGCGAUAGAAGUCCAUAUCUAUUCAGUUGUAUCAACAAUGAUCCGAAAUAAAUUAUGCACAAAACAAGGUA